AUGACUACAUUAGCUUCAAAUUUACAUAAAAAUUCAACUUCCACUAUAUCACCACCAACACUGCCAACUUCACCAAAAUCGGUAUUUGAUUCAGAUAUCCAACCAAAUUUUUCAAAUUCAUAUUCUUCAACUACCUCAUUAGAUAAUGAUACAAUAACUAUUAAAAAUUUACAAUCACAAUCACAAUCACAAUCACAAUAUACAAAACAACAAAUUUCAAAAUCAAUAGUAAAUACUUUAAAAUUUGAAAAUGAAGCAGUAUAUAAUUUAUAUAAUCAAUAUCAAACAGAUGAAUUUUCAAUAAAUCAACUCAACAAGUCAAUGGAAAUAAUGUACAAUUGUAAUUUAAAAAAAGGUAAAAUUAUACUCACGGGGAUUGGAAAAUCUUUUAAAUUAGCUUUAAAAUUAGAAGCAACAUUGAAUUCAUUAAGUAUAUCAUCAUCUGUAUUACAUCCAUCAGAAGCAUUACAUGGAGAUUUAGGUAUGAUUCAAGAUUCAGAUAUUUUAAUAUUUAUAUCAUCAUCAGGUAAUUCAGAUGAAUUAAUUAAUAUUUUACAACAUAUUGAUGAAAAAAUUACUAUAUUAUUAUUAACUAACAAGAAAAAAUCAAUACUUGCAUCAAAUAAAAGAAUUUCAAGUUUAAUAUUUGCAAAUUUAUCAACAAAUAUAAAUGAAUUAAAAAUUCAUGGUAUACCUGCUCCAACAGUAUCAUAUACAAUUUCAUUAAUAUUAGCUGAUCUGUUAAUUUUGUCGCUUUCUGAAAUUAUUGAAACUGAUUUAAUUAAAAGAAAACAUAAAUUUCUGAAAAAACAUCCUGGUGGAUCUAUUGGUAGUUCAUUAAGUAUGGAAUUUUCCAAGAUGAAUUUUAAAGAUCAAUCAGAGAAUUCUCAAUCUCAAUCUCAAGUUGAAAAUUCUCAAAAAUCUCAGUCCUUAAGUUCAAAUUCAAAUUCAAGUGAUUCUCUAAGUUUAUCAAAUUUUCAAUUAUCUAAUGAAGAAGAAGAUGAUGAUAAUUUAUCGAGUUAUGAAUUAAAUUUGAAAUUUCCACAUCUUAAUCAUGGUCAUAAUCAUAAUCAAGUCAGUCAUAAUCACAACCAAAAUCAUUUCAAUAGUCAUCAAAUUAAUCAAAUUAAUAAUAAUCAGAGGAAUCUUACUUCAAGUAAUUCAAACAUAAAGAUAAAAAUUUUAAAUUAUGAAGAAAUUUUAAAUUUAAAAGAAAUAAAUUUAUUAAAAUAUUUAAUAUUAUAUGAUCAAUUAAAAAUUGAUGAUUUAAAAAUUGAUACAUUGGUGGUUAAAAAUUUAUAUAAAAAAUUUUGUUUAGAAAAAGAGAAUGAGACUGAGAUAGCAAAUGAGAGUGAAUCAGAGAAAGAAUCAAAAAUUAAAAUUGAAAAUUGGAAUAAAUUUAAAUGGAUCUUGUUACGUAGUUUUAAACAAUAG